UACAGUGGAGCCCAAAACCUAAACAAAACUUAUUUCAAAUCUAAACAAAAGCGGUAUGAAAGUAAAUGCAUCAAUAUAAUAACAUCAUAGGAGUCUGAUAAAAAAAAUGAAAUGUCUGUAAUUGUAAUAGGUGUAGCCACGGAAAGUGGCGUGCCAAUAUUUUCUAGAAAAAGAGGCAACAAUGAAAAUAUACAGUUUUCCACCAUUGCUUCGCUUCACGGCAUAAACAUGUUCAGUAAAUGCCACAACUUAUCUGUAAUUAAUUCACAAGUGGAAAAUGGUAGUAUACUUUGGAAGGAAUAUUAUAAAAGUGUAACACUCAUAGGUAUAGUAACUGGCGGGCUGGAAUGUGAUUUAGAGCUGCUGCUUUCUUGUAUACAUGAUGUUAUGAUAUUCUGCGUUGGUAAAAAAGAAUUGGAGAAUUUAAAGAACAUUGAUCAAUUGAAGAGGGAUUUAAGACAAUGCUAUCCAAUAUUGGACUAUUUAUUGGAAUCCUUAGACCCAAAUACUGUGCCAACAAUGACUUUAGUUCUAGACCUUAUACAGAGCUUUUUGUGUCCACAAGCACAACACUUACAGCAAGUAUUGGAUAACUAUGCUGAACAAGUUACCGGUAGAUGGGCAUGCCUCAGUAUACAUGGGCACUUAGUAGCAACAAGUACUGAUUUUUAUGAGUUAGAUCCAAGGGAAUCAAGAUUGCUGCUCCUUUUGGCUGCUGCACAGGAUGGUGCACCUUUAAGAGACACUUUGGUGUACCUACCUUAUAUGAGUCCUGAUGUUGCAUUCAGAGCUGUGACAUGCAAACUUUUAGCUGAUGUAUAUGUACUAGUGGUGUGUGGUGCAACCCCUGCACUGUCACAAAUAGAUGAGAUUGUGCUGCAGUGCUGGGAAGGGUAUGCACAAAUUAUAAAAGAAGCUAAGCUUGUACAUCCAAGAAACUUUCCAGGCACUAUUAUUUUCGAGCCAUGUGUUUUGGGUAUUUUCCUUGUUAAUGUAAGUCAAAGAAGAUGUGUAUUUUCUCGCCAUCUACAAUUAUCAAAUCAAAAAGGCAGAGGAAUGUCAGGGGCUCAUCGUAUGGACAUUUUGCGAACAUUUUACGUUACUUCAGCAAGGGACUUGGCGCCGGAGUUGAACUUUAAAGAAAUUUUAGAUAAAGAUAGUGAUGAAACAAUAGGAAAGGUAUCAGAAACCUACUGGUGUUCGGAGUACCACAAAUGCCACGCACAAAGAUCUGCUAAUCUUUUAUGUUGUGUACUUUACGCUCCCACUAUACCCACUCACACUAUGAGGUUAUUAACCAGUCAAAUGCUUCAAGAAUUUCUAACGAACAAAGAUGUACAUUGGUAAAUUAAAUAAGAUUGAGAAAGUAAUUGGUGGUUUACUGUCUUAUGAUAAGGUGUAAAAUAUUUUGGCAAGUUGUAUUAUCCGUCCAAUGUUUUUUUUUUUAUGAAAUUAAAUAAAACUAAAGUUUCAAAAUUGUUUUAUUUGUAUGUUCAAACACAAACACAAAAUAUGCUGGCUUAACCAGAUCGGACAUUAGUCCACUAUAAAGGCCUCAUUACCAAAAUAAAUACAGAACACCCCUUAUUACUGAUUACUUUCAUUAUUUUCCAUAUUCAACAUAAUUAAUACUAUCAUUGUGAUGCAUAUUAAUAUAUUUAUUGCAUUAUAGUCUUGUACAAUUGCUACCUAACUACACACUAGUUGGUAGGUAGUCUAAAUCAUAUCUUUGCUCUCACUAUAGGAACAACUCACUUGUUCUCAUACCACUUUUUUUUUCUCUUUAGCAGAGCAUCAAUAUAUUGCUAGAAA